AUGCUUCUGUCCGGUAACCACUAUGAGACCAUUAAGUUUCUUAUCCUGCGGUCACCCCAGCAUCCACUAAUCCUGGGGCACCCCUGGCUCCGCCGCCAUAACCCUCACAUUGACUGGGCCACAGGGGCCAUCCUGGGGUGGAGUGCAUCCUGUCACCUGAUCUGCCUGAAACGGGCUUCUGCACUUCAGCGGCCCGCUUGCCCCAGCUCUGCGUUGGACUUGUCAGGAGUGCCUACGGAAUACCAUGACUAUCGGGAGGUGUUCAGUAAGGUCAGGGCCUCAUCUCUGCCUCCACAUCGGUCCUACGACUGUGCCAUUAACCUGCAACCAGGCACUACCCCACCCAGGGGCCGCCUGUAUUCCUUAUCUGCACCUGAGAGAGAGGCCAUGGAGACGUACAUCGGUUCCUCUCUAGCUGCUGGGAUCAUCCGUCCCUCUUCUUCACCUGCCGGUGCGGGGUUCUUCUUUGUUGGGAAGAAGGACAAGUCACUUAGGCCUUGCAUUGACUACAGGGGCCUCAAUGACAUCACGAUCAAGAACCGCUACCCACUCCCACUCAUCUCUUCUGCCUUUGAGUUGCUCCGGGGGGCAACCAUCUUCACAAAGCUAGACCUGCGUAACGCCUACCACUUGGUCCGUAUCCGAGAGGGGGAUGAGUGGAAGACAGCUUUUAACACCCCCACUGGGCAUUAUGAAUACCUUGUCAUGCCCUUCGGUCUGACCAAUGCCCCAGCCGUCUUCCAGGCCCUGGUGAAUGAUGUGCUGAGAGACAUGUUAAACAAGCAGGUGUUCGUCUACCUAGACGACAUUCUUAUUUUCUCGAGGUCCCGAGAGGAGCAUAUUCACCAUGUCCAGGCCGUCCUUCAACGUCUCCUGAGGAAUUCUCUGUUCGUUAAGGCCGAGAAGUGUGAAUUCCACGCCUCUUCGGUCCCCUUCCUGGGUUACAUCGUUGGACAGGGGAUCAUGCAGAUGGAUCCUGCCAAGGUGUCAGCGGUGACGUCCUGGCCCAUUCCAGACUCACGUAAGCAGCUACAACGAUUCCUGGGGUUCGCCAAUUUCUAUCGGAGAUUUAUCCGUGGCUACAGCACCGUGGCUGCCCCACUCACAGCCCUCACCUCAUCCAAGGUGCAGUUCCAGUGGUCACCCUCGGCUGAGGAGGCCUUCCGGACCCUUAAAGCCCGGUUUACCUCUGCCCCUAUCCUUCAGGUCCCCGACCCAGAGAGACAGUUUGUUGUUGAGGUGGACGCCUCCGAGGUAGGGGUGGGGGCCAUCCUUUCUCAGCGGGCUGCCAGUGACCAAAAGCUCCACCCAUGUGCCUUCUUUUCUAGGUGGCUCUCACCUGCUGAGAGGAACUACGAUGUUGGUAACCGAGAGCUGCUUGCCGUUAAGCUGGCCCUUGAGGAGUGGCGCCACUGGCUGGAGGGGACCUGUCUGCCAUUUUUGUGUUGGACUGAUCACAAGAACCUUGAAUAUAUGCAGUCCGCCAAGAGACUGAACUCUCGGCAAGCCAGAUGGUCUCUGUUUUUUACCCGGUUUAACUUUUCCCUCUGUUACAGGCCCGGUACUCAUAACGUCAAGCCAGACGCCCUGUCCCGCCAGUUUGUGGACAAGGGGGAUUCCACCCCUUGCAAUGAUAAUAUCCUUCCUGCCCCCGUCUUGGUUGCUGCUAUCACCUGGGAGAUAGAGGAAAGAGUCAAGGCUGCCCUGGAGUCCCAGCCCAGCCCGAGUUCCUGUCCCCCUGACCGCCUGUUCGUUCCCCAGACCCUGAGGUCCGAGGUCCUCCAGUGGGCCCAUAGCUCCAGACUCACUUGUCAUCCUGGGAGCCAGCGUACUAGGGAUGCUUUGCAGCAGAGGUUCUGGUGGGCGACUCUGGAGAAGGACACCCGGGAAUUCGUCAACGCCUGUCCUGUCUGCAACCGGCACAAACCAUCCCAUCAGGCUCCCGCUGGGUUCCUGCAACCACUGUCGGUGCCCCAUAGGCCCUGGUCACACAUCUCCCUGGACUUUGUUACCGGCCUCCCACUGUCCAACAAGCACACCACCAUCCUAACAGUGGUCGAUCGGUUCAGCAAGAUGGCACACUUUGUGCCCUUGCCCAAGCUCCCCUCGGCCAAGGAGACUGCAGAGUUGGUUCUGCUUCAUGUCUUCCGGCUUCACGGCCUACCCACGGACAUAGUCUCUGACCGGGGUCCUCAGUUCACGUCUGUAUUCUGGAGGGAGUUCUGUACAAUAAUCGGGGCCACAGCCAGCCUGUCAUCUGGAUUCCACCCCCAGUCUAACGGCCAGACUGAGCGCAAGAACCAGGAGAUGGAGACCGCUCUACGGUGUUUGGUCUCCGAGACUCCAGCAUCCUGGUCCCAGCAGCUCCUGUGGGUGGAGUAUGCCCACAACACCCUGACCAGCUCUGCCACUGGAAUGUCCCCGUUUCAGUGUGCCUACGGGUUUCAACCCCCAUUGUUUUCUGCCCUGGAGAAGGAGGUUUCCUGCCCCUCGGUCCAGGCCUUCGUCCGCCGCUGCCACCGUACCUGGGCCAAGGCCAGGGUUGCACUCCUCAGCUCGGCCAACCGUUACUCCGCAGCAGCCAACCGGCGCCGCUCCAAAGCCCCCAUCUACCAGGUUGGCCAGAAGGUGUGGCUAUCGACCAGGGACCUACCCUUGCGAGUGGAGGCGAAGAAGUUGGCACCCAGGUUCAUUGGACCAUUCGAGAUCCUGAAGGUCAUCAAUCCGGCAGUGGUGAGGCUCAAACUGCCCCGGACCAUGCGGGUCCAUCCCUCGUUCCAUGUCUCCAGAAUAAAGCCAGUUCGGGAGAGUCCACUGGUCCCUGCUGUACAGCCGCCACCGCGGUUCAUCGAGGGAGGUCUUACCUACACGGUGCACCGCCUGCUUCGCUCCCGCCGUCGUGGAAGAGGGUUACAAUACCUGGUUGACUGGGAGGGCUACGGUCCAGAGGAGAGAUGCUGGGUCCCGGCCCGACACAUCCUGGAUGCCCCUCUCAUAAGAGCGUUUCACCGCAGCCACCCUGAUCAGCCCGCUAAGGGCUCUGGGCCCAAGGGGGCUACCGAGCCAGACGCUGUUUCCUCUCUCCCAAUAGCAGCAGCAGACAUCGCAUGA